UCAUCGCUGGAAAACAAACGAGGUGCCGACAUGGCCUCAGUCGUAGCGAAACGAGAAGGACCACAGUUCAUCAGUGAGGUUGCUGUGAGAGGCAACGCCGCAGUGCUGGACUACUGCCGGACGUCGGUGUCAGCUCUGUCGGGGGCGACAGCGGGCAUCCUUGGGCUCACAGGACUGUACGGAUUUAUCUUCUAUUUCCUCGCCUCGUUCCUCCUCUCCCUUCUUCUCAUCAUCAAGGCCAGUCGCAGGUGGAACAAGUGCUUCAAGUCUCGGCGGAUGCUCUUUACAGGAGGGCUUGUUGGAGGUCUUUUUACCUACGUCCUGUUCUGGACUUUCCUCUACGGAAUGGUGCAUGUGUACUAAUAAAAUUUACCAGAAUGUUGAGCAAGUUUUAAACCUAAUGUCAUGUAAAUCCAAUUAUGAUUGUCUAACUGCCCGCAAAACGUUGUAGAUAUAGGCGAUUGAUUAAAUACUUUGCUAGAUUAACUGUUUAUUAUACAGCUACGUGAAGUAUGUCUGUCAGCAACUCUAUUUAUACAUAAACUAAAACAUGUCCUGCUUUCUCUCAUUUACUGAACUGUUAACCGCUGCAGUAUGUUAUUGUUUAGCUCUGCUCUUUUGCAUCUCUAGGAUAACUGAAUUUACCAAAUGUUGUCAUCUAGCAGUUGAUACAUGUUAUAAUAAACAUUGAUGGGUAGUAGGCAUCAGAGUGAUGUGCCUGAUGAUAACAUAUUUUUCAAGUAGUGUAAAUAGGAUAUAACGGCUCUGGUUGGAUCCUUCAAAAUAAAUAACUCCAUACAA